AUGAACCUCGAGGAGCUUCUGAUGAUGGAGUCGAGCUGCGACCGCGAGGAGAUCGUUGACCUGCGUGCUCUGGAGCUCAUGGAUUGCCCGGGGACACUUUGCGACAAGAAGACCAGGAAGAAGGAUCUUAGUCCCGAUAAAAAAUGCAUGCAUGAGAUUCACCAGUGCUCUCGUUGCGGGGAGGAGGUGAUGGAGCAGGAUUACGAGGAGCAUGUAAAGGAACUGUGCCCCAGCUUGAGAACAACCUGUCCCGACUGCCAAACAACUGUCUUUCGAAAAGUGUUGAGGGAUCAUAUUGAAACCUGCCCGGAGGCAAUACAUGCUUGUGCCGCAUCCAAGUAUGGAUGUCCCGUUAAAGUCAAGCGGGCCGACCUGGCGACACAUGAGCAAAUUUGUCCACUCAUUGCUAUGGGCCCCUAUUUCGAAGCUCAGAAUGCCCGGCUUGACUCCCUGGAAUUGACCAUCCGCCAUCUUCAGCAGCGAAAUGAGAUCUUCGAGGACGGGAUCGCCAACAUUCGCUCUACCCUACUAGAUGCUUCGCAUGCCCUUCCUGGACAGAACACAGAAACUCGAUUAAGCCCUUCGGGGCAGUCAGGGUCAUCAAGCCCUCCGCGACUAUCGGGUAGUCCCUCACACGCUGAUCAUUCUAGUGCAAUAUCUUCUAAUGCCGCCACUACGACAUAUUUGCUCGCCCUGCACGAAUCUCUUCGAGAAGAAGUUGGUCAGCUUUCACAUGCAAUCACCGAUUUAGACGCUCGCGCCAGCAUGGCCAUCAUGAAUGAGUGUCUCCGUAUAAAGGAAGACAUGGCUCACACAAAUGCUGCUGUCAGCAGUAUUCGCAUGCAGAUCCAGUGGCUGAUGAAUCCUCGUCUACACCAGAGCCAGCGAACUAUUGGUAUGCGCGGAAAUAAUGGCAGCAAUAGCAAUGAUGAGAGCAGGGCUGGCCAGCUAGGAUCGUCUUCGUCUGGCCCAUCCUCAGGCUUGCUGAGACCCCGGAGACCGAGCGAUAGCGGACGGGAGGGUACCAAACUAUGA